AUGCGCCAGCAGCUUACAGUAUCCAAUUUAAACCAAUCUCAAAGGGCUGCAGUCACUUCUGCUCACGAUCAACUGUCAAUAUUAGCGGGUCCGGGUAGUGGUAAAACGCAUACGUUGGCUUCCCGAACGGCAUGGUUGCUAGCACAGGGCUUACAACCACGGAAUGUAAUUGUGACAACCUUCACCGUGAAAGCCGCACGUGAAAUGAAAGAACGCAUCGGGAGGCUGGUAGGAACGUCUGAGUCGUCCAAAUUAAUACUCGGCACAUUUCAUAGUAUCACCAGAAGAUAUCUUGCCCAGUACGGUUAUCUGAUAGAAAUUAGAAAUAAUUUUGGUAUCGCAGAUUCAGCAGACUCUCUAGCAAUAAUCAAGCGCAUCGUGAAACGACAUGAAUUUAAUAUUGAUCCCAAGGCGGCGCGAUCCCGUAUUAGCGGAAUCAAGGCAAGAGGCGGUGAUAGAAAGCAUAGCAAGAACAUAUCUAGUGCCACAGCCUUAUCAACUCAGGAGUUUGAGAUUUGUUUUCAAGAAUAUGAGGAAGCACUUUGCAGGUCAAACCUGCUUGAUUACGACGACUUGCUCUUAAAAUGUGUCGACCUCCUUGUAAAACACCCUGAGUGUGUAGCGAACGUAGAAGCAGUACUUGUCGAUGAAUUUCAGGACACAAAUAUCGUUCAAUUUAGACUUAUGCAACUAUUUUCAAGUUACCGAAAGCGGGUAACUAUCGUUGGUGAUCCAGAUCAGAGUAUUUAUAGCUUUAGGGCUGCAGAGAUAAAAAAUUAUGAAAGAAUGCAGCAGUAUUAUCCAGAAUCAGUAACAAUUGCCCUAGAAGAGAAUUAUAGAUCUUCAGGUGCAAUUUUACUAUCUGCGUUAAGUGUCAUUGAACAAGACAGUAGCCGAGCUGUAAAAUCUCUCCUUCCAACGCAUGCCGUUGGGACAAGGCCAGUGGUAAGACAAUUACCUGAUGCUCAUACUGAGGCUGAAUGGAUAACCUCCGAGAUUCAAAGGAUAGUUGGAGUCACCGGUGGGUUGCUUGAACUGAGUGAUUUUUCUAUUUUACUACGAUCAGCUGCUUUGUCUCGAUUAAUUGAAACUGCGCUUGGAAAAGCUGGUCUAUCAUAUAGAAUGAUUGGUGGUGUUAGAUUUUACGACCGAGUUGAGAUUAAAAUAAUACUGGACUAUCUCAGGGUUAUAGAUCAGCCAGAUAACAAUGAUGCGCUUUCACGAAUUAUCAAUGUACCUUCAAGAAAAAUUGGAGAGACCACGAUCAAGCGUUUGCUAGAGGAGGCAGAUAGAAGCAAGAAAACACUUUGGUCCUUGGUAAUAGGCGUCGUUCAGGGAAAGCGAGUUCAGAAUAUAAAACUAACAAAACAAGCUGAACAAGGUCUGUCAUCCUUUUGUGAUAUAAUUUUGACUGCUAGAAAUAAAAAUUCAUGCAGUGAAGAUAUUGCGCCCUCUAUUCUAGACUUGUUAAGAUAUGUACUAAAAAAAUUAAAAUACGAAGAUUGGUUGGAAAAACACUACGAUGAUAAUCACAAAGCUCGCUGGUCUAAUGUUGAGGAGCUAAUGAUGCAAGUCACAGAAUUUCAAAAUUCAUUACAGGAUGGGUAUGAUGAGGAUUCACUUCCUCUACUUGAUGAUGUACAGCAAAACGGCAAGGUAAACUACUUGUCCAAAUUUCUUGCAAAUGUUGCGCUCGCUUCAGAAGUAAAAAUGGAUGAAAACGGAGCGAACCAAAUUCCACAAAUCACACUUAGCACCAUCCAUGCAGCUAAAGGGUUAGAAUGGCCUGUCGUCUUUAUUCCAGCUGCUUAUCAAGGAUCUAUUCCACAUUCAAGAUCGGAGGAUUCUGAUGAAGAGCGAAGGCUGUUAUACGUGGCAAUGACCAGAGCUAAAGCAUUAUUGUACCUAAGCCGCCCUAUUAAGAGCUCACACGGAGAAACAACUCAGCUCAGCCCGUUUUUACCAUCAAAUACACUCAAAUUCUUAAUGGAUCAGAGAGGUCCAGAAAUUCAAUCGGAUGUAAUACAAUCAAUUUCACAGAUACUUCGACGUCCAUUACCUUCGCCUGAUAUCAUAGCAAAAUCCUCAUUGUAUCUUCAGAGUGUCUUUGAUAAUAUUUAUCCCCUGUUUGAUCAGAAUAACGAAGAAGACUUCAAGUCAAAUUUUUUCUCUGGAAUAAGAAAUAAUACUUCCGAUAUAAAUAAACAAGGCUUUAAACGGCGUUGUGUUUCAACUAACGGCUCGAACCUUUGUGAUGAUAGAGAAAUAUCACUGAAGGCUAGUAAAUCUAUAUGUAGUGCUGCUCCUGGGUGUGCGUCUAUCUCUAGUAUAUCUCUUCAAAAAUCUUCAACUGGAUUUAUUAGAGCAAGCAAGCAUCAUGGCUCUCUCGAGGAAAAAUGUAACAGUUCAGUAGCUAAUGCUACUUAUCUUCCGGGAUACCUGGAUUAUGCAACUUCUAGUGGUAUGCUACCAUCAAAAGAUAAGGAAUCUACCCCUGGAUCUCAACAAUCUCUCCAUAAGUUUUUUAAAAAAUCUACCUCUGUUAGUUCCAAAGUAACCGUGAUAAAUCAUACCAUGGAAUCUGAUCAAACUAUAAAAAAUAAAGACGAAUUGUGCGAUGGUGAAUUUCCGGAAAUACACCUCCGAUCAAAUCCAAACUUACAGUCAAGUACGGUAAAAUGGGAACAAAAUCAGAAUAAUAUUUUGCCAAGCUCUUCCAUAAAAUAUGACAUGCUCGAGUCGAAGAAGAGCAAAAUAAUACACAAUUCUUUAGCUUCUUCAAAUUCCUCUUCUACUUUUCAUUGUAAUGGUCAGGAAACUACAAUGGAGUUGCUAAACCAACCUCUUACAACAGGUAAAAAAACCCUUGGCGUUAAACGAAGUAUGAAUGGAUGGUCCUCUCGAAAAGAAUUCACACUCCCGACAUCAAAGCGUAAAAUGUGA